AUGUCAGAAAAUGUCAUAAACAAAGCUUACUAUCGGUUAAUGUUCAAAGUUAUUGCGAAAAAUGGUUCGUAUUUAAUGAUAAAUUCUGUAUUAAAUGUCUUCAAUGAAUUGCCUAAUGUCAUUAGUGAUGAUCAGAAGCUCAAUUAUCUAACUAUUAGUCGUGAUGAAUUACAACUUGUUUGUUUAUAUUUGAAACAUUUUGAUGAUGUGAAUGAGCAUUAUUGGGUACUUCAAGGUGUUCAUUAUCUUGCGACCAUGUUGCAUCCAAAUUUAACAAGUUUUAACCAUACACCCGACAAAAAGUUAUAUGCUGGAAGUUUAUUGAAAAUCGCAUUUAAUAAACUGACACCAUUAGAUACGAAUGUUCAAGAUAAAACAAAAACGAAAGAUGGUAAAAAACUAGUCAGUCCAACACCAAAGAUGCAUAUUGAUCCAUUAGAUGAAAUAUUUGAUAACAAUUGUAAAAGAUAAUUUUGCGAAACCAGUAUCAUCCAAAACAAAAUUAGACUUAUAUUUAUGUGAUGAGAUAAGAAUUGAAAAAUAUUUUAAAUUAUUGGAAAUUGAAUGAAACUCAAUAUCCUAUAUUAGCUCAGUUAGCUAAACAAAUACUAUGCAUUCCUGCUACAAAUACGGCCAUUGAACAUUUAUUUUCGUAUAGCGGUAACACAAUCACUAAUCGUCAAACACGAUUAGAAACUGAGCGAGUCAAUCACCUGCUGUUUAGCCAGUGUAUGUAGUUUAUCUACAUUACGAGAACUGCCGGGGGGGGGGGGGGGGGGGCGGGGGGCGGGGGCGGGGGCGGGGGGGGGCGGGGGGAGGGGGGCGAGUCUCGGCACGAGGCAGGGCACC